UGUUGAACGGAUCUCUAUACACAUUAGGGAGUUUUCGCAAAGCCAAGAAACGGCAACGUGAACGCCUAUCCAAUUGUUCGAGCUCCUGAUCACGAUGUCGAACAAUGAGACAGGGGUUCACCUUGGCGUUUUGGGGAUUUGCGAAAACUCGCUAUAAAUAUGUAUUCUAUUCAUAGACAUGACGUCCGUGGUGGAGGCAUUCGAGUUUUCUGCAGCAUUACGGCAUUAGUUUAGACUUUAGAGUAACCAAGUUCAGUGAGCAGGAACGCACCUACCAAGUGUCGACCGCCGCAAUAGACCGGAUCAGCGAAGAUUGGGGAAUUCAUCGCGACCCGGAUAGAUUCCUUUGAUAACAAAAGGCAGAAGAAGUCAAUCUUUUGAAAAUCAUUUGACAUGCUUCGUCACGCAGAUGUAUCCUACCGGGCGGCCUAGUGAGGUGCGGCCCGCCGAUCCCCGGGAGCUCCAGCGACACUCUUUGAUGGACCCCACGGUCGCCAGACGCCUCCUUCUCCACGAUGCCAAUUCGGCCAAGGAGAUAGACAUGACUCACGCAAGGAUCCGAGCCUUCGACGAAACGGUCAAAUAUAUAGAACAAAUGAAGUUCGUUCCGUCUGAAACUGUUAGGAAAAUUGAGCAGACUUCUUUGUCGCGUGCUUCAACGCCAGGUUCAGAUUCAGACUUAUAUGUGCAGCCAUUGGAUUUAUCAUUUCAAGCUAAAAAGCAGGCUCGCGAUGCUGAUAGUCCCUUAGAUUUAUCUGUUAAGACUACGCGUAGGAGCGCAGAUACUACCGGCCCGGCAGAGCAGCAUGAGUUGGGAUUGGUGAAGCGUCACGACUUACUCUCACCGCGACCUAGUGGUAUGUGCGACACCACCAACGCCCCGCGUAAUCCAAAGAAGGAGAAAUUGCUACAGUACGAGCGGGUGUCGCAGCAGAAUCAGCAGAAGUCGCCUACCCCGCAACUUUUAACUCAACAGCAGCGCCGGCAGCAACUACAGAUGCAGCAUUAUGUGCAGCAGAGGCAGCAUCAGCAGCAACAGCAGAGAGAUAUGCAGCUUGCGAGCCCCACGGCUAGGGAGCCGCCGAAAACGAAAGAAAGCGUGGCUGUGGAUUCGACUUUCCAGGCAAUGCGGCAACAGAAGCUUCAUGUAAUGCAAGCCUAUCAGAGCGCAUUUUUGCAAGGGCAUUUGCCGUUCUCCGCGCCGCCGUCGCCUAUGGCGACACAACCCAUGACUCAGGGUUUACCACAUCCUCACGUCAACAGAGUUCCCCGCCCAUCUCCCAAAGGAACUUAUUCAGGACGCGAGGGGGAAAUCAGGGGACCAAGUCCAACAAUGAGCCCGAAUCUAAGGGCAACUUCGGGCAAAGAGUCGCCAAAAUCCACACCUAAGGCUAUAAGCCGGCCUGGGUCAGAGGUGUCUCGAGCAGGGACGCCCCAGAUUCCACCGAGAACAAGUCCUCAAAUGCAUCCUCAGCUCUCGCAGCACUCACCCGCUCAGUUAGAACAGAUGCGGCUCUUACACCACGCAAUGUCCCAGCGAUAUCUGUUAGGAAGUGACGGAAAGCUACACCCAGGUUAUCCAGUGCCCCCACAGGACUUCAGGGUGCCCAAUGGGGCAGUUAGAUUACCUAACGGGAUGAUACAGCAUUCACAAACACCUCCGCCACGGAAACGCGAACCUAGUAGUAGUAAGCCAGCGGCUGCUACUCCACUUAGGAUUGAAAUACCAGACUCUAGUCAUAGUUCGCCAUUAUCAGACAAAAUAUCGCCAUCUCCAGCAAUGCAGCCGAGGCCUUCACCAUCGUAUUUUCACAGUAAACCAAGAAUGGCACUCAGUACGCCUCGGUUCCCUGCGCCGCGAGGACACAAUAGACCGGGAGAAUCGGGGUCUCCACCUCCGCUUUCAAUGGCCGAUGUCAAGACCCCUGUAGCCAUUCCACCUCCUCUUAUUCGCGGGACUAGCCCAUUGCCCUCGCCCCAAAUGCCCGUAUUGAGCCCGCACACCAAGUCGCCUACGUUGCUUGGAAGUCCUCGUAACAGUCCAACAAUACGGAAUUCAGGGAACGCUGAGCGUCCGGCCAAGGAAGUGGAGCUGGACAGCAAGGAAGCUGUGUCAGCCAUCAUACAGGAACUGAUGCCAGCGUUUUCGAAAAAAUAUAGAAAUAAGAACAAAGAGACAAAUGAAAACGCAACUGGUGGACCAGUUCGAGAAUCCAUUUUGAAUAUUCCAAGGCCUCUGCGAAUGGAGAAUAGGCCUAAGGCGAUUCCUCAACCAAGUUAUGAUCUCAGUGCCCCUCGGCAAGAACCUAAGGAAAGCUCCCCUUAUGAGGGGAAAUCAGUGAACAGUAUUUUGGAGAGUGCCAUUAAACGGGAAAUACAGCUGUAUGAUAAGGUCAACGCCACUGCUUUAAAAAAGCGAGAAGAGGACAUACGGAAAGAGGAAAAUAUGGACUUUGAGAUGAAAAGUUCUUGUGUAAAUAAAGAAACAAUAAAGAGUGUGGAUACCGAAAGCGAAAUGAAAAACACGAAUGUAAAUAGUGAGCUUGCAACUAGUGUUGUAAGUGACCAAGAAAGUGUAACAUGUGUUUCGGUGGAAAAUGAUGCGAAUAGCGAAUACCUGAACUGGACGGACAGCAAAGACUCGGGCGAUGACAAAAACGAAGCGCCACUUCAGGAGACAGAGAUUCAAAAUGAUAAAUUGGUUAGGUCACAAACCCCCACCAAAUCAGAACCAAAACAAAGCGGUGAUUCGAAAGACUACCCUGUGAAAAUCCGUCCUCCGUGUGGAAGGAUAGUUCAAAAGACAUCGCCUGCCCCCAAGGUGAAACUGUCCAAAGAACCAAAGGUCAGCAUGGCUGAUUUUUCGGGAAUGGAGUCUUCUAGGCAACGGCAGUCUCUGGUGUCCAAAGCAGAGACCAAAUGCGAUUCGUCAGGUCUCUCGGAGACAGCACCUGACACGGGGAGGCAACCUCCACAACGAAAAGCAGAGAAGGCUGCCUCACCCGGACCGUCUGGAGUGCCCCCGAGCCAACGACCACCUCCCAUGCGAAACGUAUGGUCCACGAUCAGGAUUGAGAAUGGAGAAAUAUCGCCAAUGCCAAUGCCACCUCCUGUAGUGAAACCCAUGAAGAAAGGUGCAUGCAGCUCUCCUAAAAGGUCCAGUGACUCUCCUAAGGCUGGGCGCUCUUGUGAGUCCCCUAAGGGGCGCCCCAUUGACUCCCCCAAGGGGAGACCAAGCGAGGCCUCCGCUGGUCAGUCUGGCGACUCUACAAAGCCUGCCGAAGACGCACCAAGAGGCCGCCCAGAGCAGGUCAAGAAGGGCACCUCGCCGAAACGGGCUGCGAUGAAAAACAUGGCUCCUUUGAUGAAGAAGACGGUGUUAAUGAGGAAUAAGAUGCAACAGGAUAAUAUAACAGCCCGAACGAAGAAUAAGGACGAAUCGGAUUCUGAGUCUAAACGUUUGCGGGGACCGAGUGGACCGAAACGCUCUCUGAAACGGAUUAAAAAACCAACCGCUGCGGAAUUACGGCGAAUACAGCGGCGCCGAUCUAUUCUGGAUGAGAUUGCCAACUCUCAGGGAUUCGUCGGUGAGGCUAAGAAGAGGAAACAAGGAGCGGAUGACUUGUAUGCCGACCCUGCACUGCUGGAUAGGGAGGAGAGGGCGCUACGGUGCGCCAUGUCGAAGUCAAAGAGGGCGAUGAUCCAGUUCAGUGAAAUGGAUGGCGAUGAUCUCCCCUACCUAGAAGACCAUGAACUUGAAAUGUUGCGGGAUAAAAUAACAUCGGAAGAGCGUCAAGGAAAGGUGGGCACACGGAAACGACGAGGUGGUGACAAAUUAACAGAUGCCUCAGACUCAAAGAAGCGUAAGGUUGGCAAGGGCGAGGGAAAGAAGAGAAAGAAAGGAGCUGCCAGCGAAGUGCUGGAGACACGCACGAGGACACAGGCAGCAGCUACAAAGACUGGCCCGCCCCUAGCCGCCUACAACAGGAACGCAGCCUACGAAAGGGAACUCAAACGAGAGGAAAUCAAGGCCAAAGUCCUCAAAGCAAAACGAACCAAGGACUUCUACAAGGAGGCCGAGGAACAAGAUGUCGAUCAAGACACCGAAAACCCUGACACCGGAAAUGACGCACCGGAACCGGAUAUUGAAAGGGAAACAGAAGAUGAUGACACGCGGAAGAUGUUCCGGAAUAAAUCCCGGUCCGCUGCUCUCAGGUUGCUAUGGCAACGGCGUAGGAUUGAACAAGCCAAGCAGUGGUCCUAUAACUCCGUUGUCAAGGGUGUCGGCGGGAAGCGGAAGCGAAGGUCAAGGACGAAGAGGAUCAAGUUUUGCAGAGGACGGAAGUCAAGGUCAGCCAGGCUUGCUCGGGAAGAGGAGGCGGCAUUUCAAUUCUUUGAGGGUGAUGACACUUACGACUUCCAUGACGACGACGCAUGCCCAGAGAUGCCGGAUACACGUCAGGUUCCGCCGGAAAUGAAGCGGAUGGUUGUCAACAAAAACUCUGGGGAGACGAUUCUGCACCGUGCUGCUAGAUUGGGAUACGAGGAUGUUGUCAUCUACUGCCUGGAGACUGGCACCGCUGCCGUGAACGCCCGAGACAACGCCGGUUAUACGCCGUUACACGAGUGCUGCGUCCGAGGUCACCUCAACAUCGCCAAGUACUUGAUCAACUACGGAGCCAAUGUGAACUGUAGUGCCACUGAUGGAACGAGGCCAAUCCACGACGCCGUAGACCAUGAUCGCCUCGAAGUCGUCCGCCUGCUCCUCUCCCACGGGGCUGACCCGCUCCUGGCCACCUACUCUGGGCGGACACCCAUGAAGGCCGCCCGCUACCCAAAGAUGAGGGCUUUCCUCAAGGGAUUCCUGGCAGAUCUGAACGGGCCGAACGAGGAGGAAGGAGAAACGCCAACUCCUUGGGAAUUCAAUGGCUCAAGCUAUUAUUCGGAUCCAACGACAAACACGGGUUUUGCGAUAUUCUCCGAUCUCCCAUCAGACCCAGAGGAUGGUGACCAUGACCUUGAAUUCGAGUUUUCAUCGCAGCCGCACAUUCGAACUUACCGACUGGAGUUAGAGAAUGAAAAUGGGCCGAAGAACUAUGUUUUGAUGACCGACGUCCUCGAACAGCUGAAGCUGUCGAGACAAGAAUUCAUGGAACGCCACCCCAAAAUCUGUGUCGGCACCAAAAGGAUUCGUAGUGCCAUAUUUCGUCAACAGGUGGAACUAUCGUGCUUUGAUGACAUCACUGGGGCGUCUGGUUCGAAUUCACGGCGGCAGGCGCAGUUUACGGAGUUAUUACGUCUUGAUUGCGGCGUUCGCGAAUUGCUUGACAUUCCUGUUGUUUUGAUGGAUUAUGUCACGGAAACUGUCCAAAUUCCGCCCCGUGUUUCUGAUCAAGAAGAAGAUGUCGAGUCAGUCAUGUCGGAGGAUACUGUGAUUUACGAUGCUGAUGAUCUCGGGAACGAGGCUGACGUAGAUGAGGAAAAGCCGUCUGCUGAGCCGGAAGCUACUACGUCAUGUGAUAUUGACACUUUGCGUAGAACUGACGUUGAAACCCUUUCUCAUGACAAUGUUAUUCCAAAGGAAGUUGAACGAACUGCGAGUGAGUGUCUGGUCAUAAAACAGGAAAAAAGUCCAGAGGCUGUUGAAACUGCAUCUCCGCUUUCAGAACUUCAGCAAAGACAAUGGCCUGAAACAGACUAUACUCAGGAAAGGGUACCUCUCAGUUCGCGGUAUAACAGGGACCAACCUCCCCGACAAAUGCCAGAUUAUUACAGACAGUUACCUCGUGCCAUACCGGAGGGUUACCCAUUAGAUCGUCGGGUUUCGUCAGCGGCUGUCACCUCAAUGCCUGCGGUGGUUCGGGGCACGUUGCCGCAUGUGCAGCAGCUGGACUCCAGGGGGACUUUAGAUUUGAACAGUGCAAUGCAUAGAUCAAUUACGCAGGCCAUGACGCAUCAUCCUGCCGAGUUGGCUGUAAGCAGGGAACAAAUGGUGGCUGCAAGUCGAGAACAGAUGUCUAAAUCGGGAGUCAACUAUCACAACUUUCCGUAUAUGUAUAAGACGCCACAUCAUAGUCACAUGCGCGGUAACGUGCCCGCGGUUCACCAGUACCCUCUGCCCCACCCAGCAUCCCAACAGUACCCUGUUGGACACCAGCAUCCUCAUCAUCCGCCUACGACACGUACAGACUACUACUCUCGCAGAUAUAGGCAUCCCAUGCCGCAAAACUGCCAUAAUUUGUUCCAAAUGCAACAACAGCGUAGCCAUAGAGACCAUUCGCAACAUUUGGGGGCUGCCCACUCCAAAGAAAUGGAGGCCCUGGCAGAAGCAAAACGGACAACUGACUCAAUGGAGUCGGCAUACCUAUUAAAAGUCGCCACAACGCCUGAGGAAUAUUUCAUGACGUAUAAACAGCGCCUAAAUUCAAACAAUUCCCCGCAAUAUCAUCACCAACGAAAUCCGCCAUCACUGGUGAAUGGCAUCGGCACACCUCCACAUCCGCACGUUCCUGCGCAUGUUCAGACAAGACCUGAUCGCCUUCCGCCAUAUUCAUGAGACAGAGCUCUGAAUAGAAUGCUUAUUUAUUACUUCAUCAGUGUGAUGCUACAUCAAAUAUUUCUAAGUGUUGCGUCAAUUCCUGUGCUUUUACUGUUAGGUGUUUCUGGACUGAGCUUUGAUACAGGGAUGAAAUUUAUUCCUACAGAUGUUUAACUGUUUCGUCUAACAUUAAAGUAAGAGUGUCUCAAGAUUAUGCUCAAGAUCAUGCUGAAUCAUGCUUAAUCGUGAGGGUUCCUAAAUCUUUACAAAAAGGGCCAACAUUUGGCUCCUUCAGAAACACAUUGUCAAACAUUCCACCAACUGUUUGCAUGCACGUGGCACUUCGGGAUUUAUGCAUAUCGUGCCUCUGGCACAGGAGCUCUGUAACUAAUCCGGCAUUAUUUUGAGACUCUCAUCCUUUCAUGCCCUGCCAGGUCCAGUAGAGGCCCUACCAAUCGAUGAGGUAUGACUCGGUGAUCUCAAACCUUUGAAAAAAACAGGAGGUGAUGUUCAAGGCCUGCAUUUAAUGUUUCAAUAAAAAAGGGUGCUUUUAUUGUGUAUUUUACAUUUCUCGCUUGCAAGUUUUUGUUUGUAACUUUCGCGGCAAACCGUUGGCAAAGCGUCCUGGUUCAAUCUCCUAGCCUCGAGAUUGGUAACCGUUGCUUAGUGUUGUGACACUAGCUCUGUUUACCAACGUUCAUUUGGCCUCUUCUGGUUGGUCACUUCCGGCCAGCAAAUGGAAGCUAGUCCUCUCGUUGGGAGAUUGGUCCUGGUGCAACGAAACGUGCUGAUUCAGCCGAUAAUUGUCACGCCCCUUUCACAGCGUGUCUCCGGCAAAAGGUUAAAAAGGCGCACGAAAUUAUCAGAAGUUUACGAUGUACCCACAGUAACCGACUCACUAUCUGGAUGAGUAAUCAUGACGAAAUAAUCUCUUGAUAUAACGCCUUUAGUAGAUGGUUGAUAUUAGCCAGGUUUCGCCAACCAUACGAAGAGCUACAUGUGCGAACGACGAAGUACGAAGUAUUAAAUGUCCGCCUCGAAGACGUUAUCAUGGGUGUGUCUAGGACUCGAUUCGGAAAUGACGACGAUCGGUGUGCUCAAGUUUCAAGCAUAUUUGCAUCAUUGAUGUGAUGUGUAAACAUGUAUGAGAUCGAGACUGUAAAUAUAUAGAUGUAAAUAUUCGUGUUAUGGAUUAAAUACGGGUUAAACAGAAUAAACGAAG